AUGUCUCUUUUUAUACGUGUUUCUGCAUUUUCUUCUUUCUCCUCACCUGCCCCCCACUGUCCUCGACGUGUCCGUACCCUUCCCACCUUCCUUGCCACAAACACCACCACAUACAAACACGCCACACCUUUUUCCCUGAAAAUUCCGACCCCGCCAGCCGUACCGUCUGAGUCUGUCCUUCCCCUUCCCGACAGAUCAAUAUUGUCUCAGACGCGACCAAAUACCAUCUUCCUUUUCCUAUACCCACUCUCUCUUCUUUCUUUAUUUCUUUCUUUCUUUCUUUUUCUUUCUUUCUUUUUUUUUUCCGAUUUGUUUUAUUUCCUAAUCUUCUUUCUAUCGUACAUUUUUUUUUCUUUCUUUCUUUCUUUCUUUCUUUCUUUCUUUCUUUCUUUCUUUCUUUCUUUCGUCCUCACAUUCUUUCUUUCUUUCUUUCUUUCUUUCUUUCUUUCUUUCUUUCGUCCUUACAUUCUUUCUUUCUUUCUUUCUUUCUUUCUUUCUUUCUUUCUUUCUUUCUUUCUUUCUUUCUUUCGUCCUCACAUUCUUUCUUUCUUUCGUCCUUACAUUCUUUCUUUCUUUCUCUCUUUCUUUCGUCCUCACAUUCUUUCUUUCUUUCGUCCUUACAUUCUUUCUUUCUUUCUUUCUUUCUUUCUUUCUUUCUUUCUUUCUUUCUUUCUUUCGUCCUUUCUUUCUUUCUUUCUUUCUUUCUUUCUUUCUUUCUUUCUUUCUUUCUUUCUUUCUUUCUUUCUUUUUUCUUUCUUUCUUUCUUUCUUUCUUUCUUUCGUCCUUACAUUCUUUCUUUCUUUCUUUCUUUCUUUCUUUCUUUCUUUCUUCCACAUUUCUAUUUUUAUUUACUUGUCUGCCUUUCAUUUUUUAAAAUUUCUCAAUCCUCAUCUAUCUAUCUAUCUAUCUAUCUAUCUAUCUAUCUAUCUAUCUAUCUAUCUAUCUCACAAUCCUCAUCUAUCUAUCUAUCUAUCUAUCUAUCUAUCUAUCUAUCUAUCUCAGUCUGUUAAUCUCUCUCUCUCUCUCUCUCUCUCUCUCACACACACACACACACAUUAUCAUUUCUUUACUCUUUAUAAUUUCUACAUUCUUCUCGUCCCCCUCCUGUACUACCUUCCCAACCUCCAUUUACUCAUCUAUUCUUCUCUCUUUAUCUCUCACUCUCUCACACUCACACUCGCACGCUCUCUAGCUUUUUUAGCACUUUCUUUUCUUCUUACACAUUUUUCUUUUCCUUUCUUUUCUUCCUACAUAUUUCUUCUCUCUUUCUUUUUCCUUUUCUUCCUCCAUAUUUCUUCUCUCUUUCUUUUUCCUUUUCUUCCUCCAUAUUUAUUCUCUCUUUCUUUUUCCUUUUCUUCCUACAUAUUUAUUCUCUCUUUCUUUUUCCUUUUCUUCCUCCAUAUUUAUUCUCUCUUUCUUUUUCCUUUUCUUCCUACAUAUUUCUUCUCUCUUUCUUUUUCCUUUUCUUCCUACAUAUUUCUUCUCUCUUUCUUUUUCCUUUUCUUCCUCCAUAUUUAUUCUCUCUUUCUUUUUCCUUUACUUCCUACAUAUUUAUUCUUUCUUUCUUCUUUUUUCUUCCUACAUAUUUAUUUUCUCUUUCUUCUUUUUCCUUUUCUUCCUACACAUUUACUUCCUCUUUCUUUUUUCCUCUUCUUACUAUGCAUUUUUCUUUUCUUUAUUUUUUCCUUUUCAGUUCUUUUUUUCUUACACAUUUAUUCUAUCUCUUUUCUUCCUACACAAAUUUCGGCCUUUUUUUUUUUCUUCCUACACUUUUGUUCACUCUUUCUUUUCUUUUCUUUUCUUUUCUUUUCUUUUCUUUUCUACCGAUAUUUUUAUUUUCAUUGUUUACUUUACGUCCCAGACGUUUAUUCUCUACUUUGCUUUUCUCUUUCUUUUUCUUUCUUUUAUUCAUGCAUUUUUCACUUUCUUUACAUUUCAACAUAUAAAUUUAUUCUUUCUUUCUUUCUUUCUUUCUUUCUUUCUUUCUUUCUUUCUACUCAUUUAUCUUUCUCUCUCUCUGUCACGCCUCAACCACUCCAUGAGUUGCUUUAUCCUCUUCGACUCCAACGAUUUCACUUUUGUUCUCAAUGUCUAUCAGUUUCUUUUUCUUUCUUUCUUUCUUUCUUUCUUUCUUUCUUUCUUUCUUUCUUUCCUUCUUUUUUCUUUCCUUCUUUCUUUCUUUUUUCUUUUUCACGCCUUUAUAAACUUGUCUUUCAACACAAAGGCAUAUAUUUUAGUAAUCUAGCUUUCAAGUAUUUAUCUAUAUGUUCCUCUCUUUUUACUAUUUCUUUCUUUCUUUCUUUCUUUCCUUCUUUUUUCUUUCCUUCUUUCUUUCUUUUUUCUUUUUCACGCCUUUUUAUAAACUUUAUUUAUCUAUAUGUUCCUCUCUUUUUACUAUUUCUUUCUUUCUUUCUUUCUUUCCUUCUUUUUUCUUUCCUUCUUUCUUUCUUUUUUCUUUUUCACGCUUUUAUAAACUUUAUUUAUCUAUAUGUUCCUCUCUUUUUACUAUUUCUUUCUUUCUUUCUUUCUUUCCUUCUUUUUUCUUUCCUUCUUUCUUUCUUUUUUCUUUUUCACGCUUUUAUAAACUUGUCUUUCAACACAAAGGCAUCUAUUUAG